CUUAGUAGUCUCUUCAAUAGCUUAAGGAUUGAGCUCAGCAACACAGCUUCAGCUUUACAAUGGCUUCUGCUGAUAUCAAGUUUCUCUUCCUUUCUUCUCUCCUUCUGUUUUUCCACACAGUUUCUUCACACAAUCUGUUGCUCAGAAGACAAGCUUCAAUCCUGGUUUCUCUCAAACAGGAUUUUGUAUCCCCCACACCUUCACUUAAUAGCUGGAAUGUGUCAAACUACUUGACCCUUUGUUCUUGGAUUGGUAUUCGAUGUGAUCCCAUGAAUAGAUCCGUAGUUUCACUUGAUAUAUCCAAUUCCAACAUUUCAGGUUCUGUGUCAUCAGUGCUCACUCAACUACACAGCCUUGUUAAUCUUUCAGUGGCUGGAAACAGCUUGGAUGGUGAGUUUCCUCAAGAGGUUCACAGGUUAAGUAUGCUUCAAUUCCUCAACAUAUCCAACAACAUGUUCAGUGGAGAGAUCAAGUGGGAUUUCUCUCAGAUGAAAGAGCUCCAGGUGCUUGAUGCUUAUAACAACAACUUCAAUGGCUCGCUCCCAUUAGGCCUCACACAACUCCACCAACUCAGGCACUUGAAUUUUGGCGGGAAUUUCUUUUCAGGGGAAAUUCCUCCUAGCUAUGGAGAUUUUGAGCAGCUAAAAUAUAUGUCUCUAGCUGGGAAUGACUUAGGUGGUUCCAUACCUACCGAGCUUGGUAAUCUGAUGAAUUUGGAGCAACUCUUCUUGGGUUACUACAAUGACUUUGAUGGAGUCCCUCCUGAGUUCGGUAAGCUGAUCAAUCUUGUUCAUCUGGACCUUGCAAACUGCAGCUUGAAGGGUCCAAUUCCUCCAGAGUUGGGCAAUUUGAAAAAACUGGAUACUCUCUUCCUUCAAACGAAUGAGCUCACUGGUUCCAUUCCACCCCAGCUAGGCAACAUGAGCAGCUUGAAAACGCUUGAUCUUUCCAACAAUAUGCUAACAGGAGAUAUCCCCCUCGAGCUCUCAGGGCUUCAUGAGCUAGUCCUCUUGAAUUUAUUUGUAAACAGGUUUCAUGGAGAGAUUCCAGAGUUUAUUGCAGAGCUUCCCAAGUUGGAAGUCCUGAAGCUGUGGCAAAAUAACUUCACAGGGUUCAUUCCUAGGAAGCUUGGAGAAAACGGCAGAUUAAUUGAGCUUGAUCUUUCAACUAAUAAGCUUACGGGCUUGGUCCCCAAGUCUCUUUGCUCGGGAGGAGGGCUGCAAAUUCUAAUCCUGUUCAACAAUUUCCUGUUUGGUCCUCUGCCUGAGGACCUUGGAAAAUGUCAAACACUUUCCAGAGUUCGAAUGGGGCAGAACUAUUUAACUGGAUCAUUACCAGAAGGGUUUCUGUACUUGCCAGAGCUCACACUGAUGGAACUACAGAAUAACUAUCUUAGUGGCCGAAUCCCUGAGGACACAAGUAAGUUACCCUCUAAACUUGGUCAACUAAAUCUGUCCAACAAUCGGUUAUCUGGGUCACUUCCAGCUUCGAUUUGCAAUUUCUCUAGCUUGCAAAUUCUUCUGCUAAGUUCAAACAGAUUCUCAGGGAAAAUUCCAUUAGAAUUUGGUCGGUUGAGAAAUGUCCUGAAGUUGGACAUGAGUCGAAACAACUUGUCAGGUACCAUCCCUGCUGGGAUAGGCAACUGUCUCUUGCUAACUUACCUGGAUUUGAGCCAGAACCAACUCACUGGUCCAAUCCCAAUACAGAUUGCUCAAAUUCACAUAUUGAAUUACCUCAAUGUUUCUUGGAACCAUUUGAACCAAAGUCUUCCCAAGGAAAUUGGUUCCAUAAAAAGCCUAACUUCUGCUGAUUUUUCUCACAAUAACUUCUCUGGUUCCAUUCCUGAAUUUGGACAGUAUCUGUUCUUUAAUUCAACCUCCUUUAUCGGCAACCCUCAGCUCUGUGGAUCAUAUCUGAGUCCAUGCAACUAUUCAUCAACCGAUUCAUUAGAAUUACAUCACCGAAGUGGUAGCAGGUCCCAAGUCCCAGCAAAAUUUAAGCUCCUCUUUGUAUUGGGACUUCUGUUUUGUUCCUUGGCAUUUGCUGUUUUGGCAAUCAUAAAGACCCGCAAGGGACGCAGACAUUCACAUUCCUGGAAGCUCACUGCAUUUCAAAAACUGGAAUUCGGAAGUGAAGACAUUUUGGAAUGUGUCAUGGAAAACAAUGUAAUAGGGAGAGGCGGAGCUGGUGUCGUCUUCAGAGGAGAAAUGCCUAAUGGAGAACAAGUAGCAGUGAAAAAAUUGUUAGGCAUAAGCAAAGGCUCUUCUCACGAUAAUGGUCUCUCUGCAGAAAUACAGACUCUAGGGAGUAUCAGGCACAGGAAUAUUGUCCGACUGCUUGCAUUUUGUUCAAAUAAGGAGACCAAUUUGCUUGUGCUGAAGAUAGCCAUAGAAGCUGCAAAAGGCCUGUGCUACCUGCACCAUGAUUGUUCUCCCCUAAUACUCCAUCGAGACGUCAAGUCCAACAACAUUUUGCUCAACUCUGAUUAUGAGGCUCAUGUAGCAGAUUUUGGGUUAGCCAAGUUCUUGCAAGACACAGGGACUUCAGAGUGCAUGUCUGCAAUUGCUGGAUCUUAUGGCUAUAUUGCUCCAGAGUAUGCUUACACAUUGAAAGUUGAUGAGAAGAGUGAUGUAUAUAGCUUUGGAGUGGUGCUGUUGGAGCUGAUAACAGGACGGAGACCAGUAGGUGAUUUUGGAGAAGAAGGCAUGGACAUUGUUCAGUGGAGCAAGAAUCAGACCAAAUCCAACAAAGAAGGGGUGGUGAAGGUACUGGACAAGAGACUAAGUGCCAUUCCAUUAGAAGAAGCAAUGCAGGUUUUCUUUGUGGCAAUGCUAUGCGUUCAAGAACGUAGUGUUGAACGACCCACCAUGAGAGAAGUCGUACAAAUGCUUGCUCAAGCUAAACAACUAGAUACAUUUCACAUACAAUGACCAAUGAGACCAGACUGGGAUAAGUUUAGCAGUGAGGCAAACUGUUUUUGUAUACAAGGUUUUUUAGCUACUUUCUAUUUCAUUUUUUUUUUACCUUUCUGUUUUUGUUGAUCUUGACGUUUGGCUUGUUAGGUAACAAAACUUGCAAGAGUAUCAUAGUGGAUGUACUGAUGUUUGUCGUGGUCAAGUUGGCUCCAUUAUUGUGUCAUGAUUAAUUUGGAAUAUGGUACAAAGAAAUGAAAUGAUGCCAAGUUU